AGUUAUGCUUCCUAAAACGUUACUCUCUCUCUCUCUUCUUUCUCAUUAGAUUUUAAAUAUUUUAUUUGGAAAAUACCUUUUUUUUUCGUUUGGUCUGGAAGAUUUGACUUUCUUUUUUUUAUUGUUAAUAUUAAUAAGCGAGAAAAUAAUUGAAUAUAAAGCCAAUUCACUUCAUUUGAAUUGCAUGCGAUGCCACUAGCCUCUUCUUUUACCCUCUUCACCUUUUUUUCUUCUCUGUCGAUUUCCACUCUCUCUCGUCUUUCAAAAACGAGAAAGGAGAAAGCAAAAGGAACAUAAUCACAGCAAAAGCAAAGGUUUACCUACCUCAUAUGGCAGUUGCAGCUUCCUACAAUACUAAUCUUUCAUAUUAGGUUUCCCACACCAGUAAUCUUUCUCGUUAGAAAUUUCAAUCUACUAAAAUGAUGAACUACGUCAAUACUAGAAUGGAUUCAUCGGCGAUAAUUCCUGAAAGUUUAUUAUAUUGCGAUCAAUCGCCUAUUCGGGAUAUGAAGUCCUCCAUGAACAGGGCCGAUAGUGUGAUCACUUACUACAAUGUUCCUGCUCCCAGAAAACGAUCGAGAGAUUCCAUGAGCGACUGUUUUUCUUAUUCUCAAAAGCGUAAAUUACCCGGUGAAUCUCCUUUUCUCAACCGAGACACAAGCCCCCAGAUCCAUGAUCAUCCUUCCGAUAUCAAUUGCUUCAUUUCCCAACAUACGGAAAAAGUGAGAUUAAUAUUGGAACACCAACGGAAUCUGCAAGCGAGAAUGCUUGUGGCAGCGUUCGAAGAACAGAUGAAGAAGAAACUCACAGAAAAAGAUAUGGAGAUUAUCAAAAUGACAAAAUACAAUUGGGUCCUUGAAGAGAGAGUCAAAAGCCUCUGUAUAGAGAAUCAGUUAUGGAAAGACUUGGCUCAAUCGAAUGAAGCCACGGCCAACUCGCUCCGCUCAAACCUCGAACAACUCCUCUUGGCCAACGUUAGCGAAGACAACUACAACCACAACCCCGAGGCUGUUGCCGUCGACACGGCCGACGACGCCGAGUCGUGUUGUGGGAGCAACGAUUUCGGAAGGGAACCGCUAAACGACAACGAAGAAGUCGAGGUGGGUCAAGUUGGAAAGCGAAACGACGUCGUGGCGGAGGUAACCGGAAGAGAGGGUGGGUGUGAUGACGUGGCAUACGGCGGUGGAGGGAGGAUGAUGUGCCGGAAAUGUGGGGUGAGAGAAUCGAGGGUGUUGGUGUUACCAUGUAGGCAUCUUUGCCUUUGUACGUUGUGUGGGUCCACACUUCGUAGUUGCCCUGUAUGUACUUCUGUCAUGAAUGGCAGCGUGCAUGUUAAUUUCUCUUGAUAAUUAAUUUUAUUUUACCCACUACAAAACACUUUACAAAAAAGUAAGUAAAUGAAAUAGGACUUUUUUUUUCUUA